CACCAUUGUCUCCAUUUUCUCUUCUCUCUCCACAUUCCGAGUCUCACUGUCCUCCUCGUCGCCCCCACUCCCUCUCCCUCCAUCCCCUUUCUCUCCAACACAGUUUUCACUAUCCAUCUAUCCAUUCUCUCUUCAGCCAUUUUGUUCCUUUCCCCUGCCCUCUCAUUCGCCCACACCACCUCUCUUUCACAAGGUCUCCUCUCCCUCUGUGCACGAUCUCUCCUCUGCUCCGAAUUUCCCUCCACCUCCCCCUCCUUUGGAUCGCUCUCCCUUCCCCUCUCUCCCCUUCCUCCGAAUCUCUCUCUCCUCUAUUCUCCUCUGCUCCGAAACUUCCUCCAUCCCCUUCUCUCUCCCCGCUCUUCCUCUACCAUUUUCCCUCCCUCCCCUCUCUGUCCCUCUCCCAAUUCUCCUCCUCACCAUUCCUCCUUGCUGGCUCGCUCUCCGUGCCGGAGGUUGGCGGAGUUGGAAGGCGCGCUCGUCAACUGGGUGGAGGGAGAGCUGAAGUGACCAUGGAAGAGGAUGUGGAGCGGGUGUUUGAGGAGCGUGCGCUGCCCCAUCUGCUGCAGAGCCUGGGCGCGCUGCUGAACGUGGUGCAGACCGCACUGAGCAGCCCAGCUGGCGGGCAGGAGCUGGAUGUGGACAGGAUUCAACAGGAGGUGGAGUUGGCCAGCAAGGGGGCCAAGCUGGCAGUCGACCAGGCGCAGGAGGCGUCUGAGAAGAUGGACAUAGCUUGCGAGAAGGCAACGGCGCAGUACGGUCAGCUGAGCGUCCAGCGCCGGGAGAAGGGUGCGGCCCUGCAGGAGCUCCAGGCCAAGGUGCGGCAGAUGGAGAGUGAGAAGGAGCUGGCUACCAGCCGGCUGCAGGCUGCCACUGCCUCUUUGCGCCAGGCCGAGGACGCACUGCGCUCUGCUCGCGCCAAGGCCGGAGAGAAGCAGACCGGACGUGACGUCGGCAUUGGGCUCAGCUUCCUGCUGCCCUGCGUGGGGAUCCCGAUGGCUGUGGCCUUUGAGAAGGAGCGUCAGUUGAGCAAGUCGGAGGUGGAGUUGGCGUCGGAUGACCGCUCCCAGCUCCGCUACAGCGUCUCCAAGGAUGAGCAGCUGCUCGAGCGGCUGGGCGGGGAGCUGCCUGAGCUGCAGGCCAAGGCCCAGCAGCUUGAGAUAGAGCUCGGCGAGAUUGGGGGGGCUGAGCGGGAACUGAAGGAGCUGAGGGGGCAGCUGUCUGACGCCCAGGCCCGCCUGCGUGCCUCCUUCCACCAGCUGAGUAGUCUGCAGGGGAAGGUAGGCACACUGAGCCUGCAGUGCCAGAACCUCUACAGCCUGAGGCCUUUGUUGCCCCCACUCGAGGAGGCCAUUCUGCAGAGCCUCAUGCUGCCCCCCCAGCCCCCCUUCACCCAGGCCUCCUUGCAGAGGCUGACAGGAGACCUGAAGGCCCUUCAGCCCCAGCUCAAGAACCUGCACCUAUCACAGGACAGUGACGAAUACCUGAAGUGAACCCGCCUUAGCGUGGCCCAGGUCAGGCCUGGCUCACAGGGUCCUGGAACGGGUAGCACAUGAGGGUUUAGGAGACUGGUGGUCUGAGAUCCCAGGGGUAGGGCAGUACACAGGAUGCUGGAGCCCAGGGAUGGGCAGCAUUGAGGGGCAGGAUAGCUGCCAAAUACCCAACUCCCAAUGCCAACCACCAUAUGCUAACCCUGCCCCACAUCCUUGGAUAAUGACACUCAACUGACCAAUAGAUCUCAACUCCUGGAUCACACAUAUUUCUGAAUCUCCUGCAUCUCUGUGACCAAGCUUACAAAUAAAAUAUCAUUCCUUCAAGUC